AUGGGAGGUAUACGGAACCUGAUCGAGCCGGGGGCAAUCGUGGCUGUUUUUACUGCAGGUACCCUCAUCAACAGACGCAAGCUUAUCCGAUUACCAGAAACACCCUCCGUCGAGUCGCCUCUACUGGGAGACCACCACCAAGCACCUCAUAAACCUCCCAACGAGGACGUCGUCUUCCACUCUUUUGAAACACGCCGGACGAUUCAAUCGCGAUUCCUGGCCUAUUUCCCGUUCUUACUAGAGAUAUGGUACUGGACGUUGUCAUACUGGAUCUACCAAGGCCUGCGCGCAUUCUCAGCCCGCCAGAUAGCCGGCCACAAGUCCAUCUUCGAAACAGCCGAAGACCACGCCCACCAGAUCCUCGCCCUCGAACACAUCCUGCACAUCGACAUCGAGCUCGCCGUCCAGCGAUUCGUCCUCGACCAACUCCCCCCUCUCAUGCCCGUUCUCGCCAAAGUCUACUACUCCCACAUCGUCCUCGGCAUCGUCUUCCUCGUCUACAUCUUCACCUACAUCCCGCGCGACAAAUACCAAGGAAUCCGCCGCGCCCUGUCCCUCGAAAAUGCCCUCGCCUUCUGCAUCCUAACGGCCUGGCGUUGUGCCCCGCCCCGCCUCUUACCUCCGGAAGACGGUUUCAUCGAUGUCCUGCAUAAGAACCGCACGGGCUCGGCCUGGACGUCGAAUAAGUUCCAGCUGACCAUCGCCGCCAUGCCGUCGUUGCAUUUCGGGAAUGCGUUCUUCAUCGCCUUCUGUCUGGUCCGGUACAGUCCGCAUUGGAUGGUUAGGGUUAUGGCGCCGUUGUGGCCUGUCUUGAUGGGUGUGACGAUUGUGGCAACGGCGAAUCAUUUCUUGUUGGAUGUAUUGGUUGGCGCGUGUGUUACUAUGACGGCGUAUCGGUUUAAUCACGUCAUGCUGGGACUGUUGCCGGUUGAGAGGGUGCUGUUCAGGGUGUUGAGGUUGGAGAAGCCGGAGGAGUAG